AUGGCACAGGGCUUUGCAGACGAGGGCGGGUUUUCUGCUUCUCCGGCAUCGCAUACCAGUGGAAAGUCCACACAUAGCGGUUCUGAGAAGAUAAAGAGGCUUGGAACGGCUCUGGCAGCCCAAGUUAUAGAUAUAGAGGAACUACGGAGCUUAUUAUGGCUCGGAGUACCAGAUGAUAGCCCACUGUGCUACAGAGCUGAUGCAUGGAGACUCGUUUUGGGCUAUCUCCCUCUUAACACAUCAACCCGUGAGCUUGUUAUUGACAAGAAGCGCAAACACUAUUUAGAAACAUGUAAAAAUCAUUACAUGAAGGGAACAUUUUCUGAAACCGAGCUGAGUUUGCUGAAACAGAUCAGAGUGGAUAUACCCAGAACUAGUCCUUCACUCAAAAUUUUCAAAGAUUCACGUAUUCAGGCUCUCAUGGAGAGGAUAUUGUUUUUAUGGAGUGUCAGGAAUCCUGCUAGUGGAUACGUUCAGGGAAUAAAUGAUCUGCUCACAAUUUUUAUAAUAUCUUUUAUCAGACCACAUGUUGACAAAUUUACAUUGGAAAUUGAAGAUAUUUGUACACUAUCGGAUAAGACACUGGAAGAUAUAGAAGCUGAUUCCUUUUUUUGUCUUUCAAAGAUACUAUCGCAAUUACAGGAUAAUUACACAGAACAUCAACCUGGCGUCUACAAGUCUCUAAGAAGAAUAGGUGAUUUAGUAAAGAGAAUUGAUGUUGAUUUGUACAACCAUUUUGAGGAAAUAAAUAUAGAUUUUAUGCAGUUUCCAUUUAGGUGGAUGAAUUGCAUGCUUAUUAGAGAGCUUCCAAUGGACUGUUCCAUCAGACUUUGGGAUACAUAUAUUGCGGAAAUUAACAAUGGAAUAGUUCCAUUUCACGAAUAUGUUUCUGUUGCAUUUUUGUCUGUAUGGUCUGAUAAGUUGAAGUUAAUGGACUACCAACACACACUACUAUUUGUUCAGCAACUGCCUACUCAAGAUUGGGUUUCAGACGACAUAGAUUGCAUCAUAUCAAAGGCGUAA